UGACUACCCGAACAAUAGGACAUCUACAUAGACACAAACCAUCAUUUUUUUCCCGGAGAGUAGCUGAAAUCGCCUAGGCAAUUUGCUGGUUUAGACCCUCCCCUUCUCCACCUCUUGUAUGUUUACUCAAGCUCGCAAUCGGACGCAGUGUGCGGAGAGAUACCUCAAUGGGAGAUUAAAACCUUGACAGGGAGGGAAAUGUAACCAGAGUCGGACGCUGAGAGGAGUGGUGCGCACUUGGUACUAUGUGUAACCGUCCGGCAAGGUACAUCUGUCCAUGAACACGGCAGGAGGAAAACGCAAUAUAUUUGAUAAACUUGGACAAAACUGCUGAUGAAGAGCAGGAAGGAAACGCAAUUUGAUAUAGAAGAAGUAAGUGUGCGGUGAAGUAUUAAAAGAUACCGGCUUCAACAAUUUCCAGAGUGAUUGAUGUCUUUUGUCAUUCUGCACGAUAAACUGUUUCGAUGAGGGGACUUUUCGACAUUAUCCUUUCUCAUAAAUAAGGCAACCAGACUAUCGUUAGAAGAGAGGACCUUGCGCAGUGGCUGCACCCGAUCUCCUGGAUCCCAAAUCAGCCACGCACAACACCAAGCCACGCCUGUCCUUCUCCACCAAGCCCAUCGUUUUUAACUCGAGCGACGACUGCGAUACUCUGGUCUCGGUCAUGAAAUGGAAGACUGUGUCAGCCAUCUUCCUCCUGGUGGUGCUCUACCUGAUCGUUGGCGCCACAGUCUUCCGGGCCCUGGAGAAGCCCUAUGAGAGCUCCCAGAAGUACGCCAUCUUGAAGGAGAAGCUGGAGUUCCUGGCACGCCACUCCUGUGUCAACUCCUCAGAGCUGGAAGACCUUGUGAAGCAAGUGGUGUCAGCGAUGAGAGCCGGCGUCAACCCGUCGGGCACUCCCUCCAACGAGAGCAGCCUGUGGGACCUGGGCAGUUCCUUCUUCUUCGCCGGAACCGUCAUCACCACCAUCGGUUUUGGGAAUAUCUCACCUCACACAGAAGGAGGAAGGAUCUUCUGCAUCAUCUACGCCUUGCUGGGAAUCCCGCUCUUUGGCUUCCUGUUGGCUGGAGUAGGAGACCAGCUGGGCACCAUCUUUGGGAAGGGCAUCGCCAAAGUCGAGAAGAUGUUUGUGAAGUGGAAUGUUAGCCAAACCAAAAUCCGAGUGAUCUCCACAGUCCUGUUCAUCCUGUUUGGGUGUCUGUUGUUCGUGGCCCUCCCUGCGGUCAUCUUCAAACACAUCGAGGGCUGGAGCGCGCUGGAGUCACUUUACUUUGUGGUCAUCACCCUGACCACUAUCGGAUUUGGGGACUUUGUGGCAGGUGGGUCAGAAAUUGAGUAUCAAGACUUUUAUAAACCUGCAGUAUGGUUCUGGAUCCUGGUUGGUCUCGCCUACUUUGCGGCGGUACUGAGCAUGAUAGGGGACUGGUUCAGGGUAAUUUCAAAGAAAACAAAAGAGGAGGUCGGCGAGUUCCGCGCGCACGCGGCCGAGUGGACAGCUAACGUCUCGGCGGAGUUCAAGGAGACGCGGCGGCGCCUCAGCGUGGAGGUCUACGACAAGUUCCAGCGGGCGGCGUCGAUCAAGCGCAAGCUGUCGUCCGAGCUGGGCCUCAACCCUGCGCAGGAAAUGACCCCGGGCAAGCGCACCCUGUCAGUCAACUUCAUCGAUGAGCGGGACAGGGACCCAUCCUUGCCACCCCUCACCAAAAACAGCAGCCUGUACUUGAAUGGCCUCAGCUCCAACUGCCCGGAGCGAGGUGAGAUAGCCAUCAUCGAACACCUCAAAUGAGGCCUGGCUCUGAACAAUCUGAUGCCCAUGCCACGGACAGUGCCACCUGUUUUAGACUGUACCAACAGCCUGCUGUGGCAAGGUGGAUUAUGUCACCAAGCACCAUCAACACCUGUGUGUGUAUGUGUGUGAGAGUGUGAUUGGAAGCAGACUCAAUCCAAACAACACUUUCAUCACUGUUGGUUGGCAUAACUUUCUAGGACAUGAAUGGGUCUGCCAUUAUCAAUGUAUCUGAACACUGAUGGGUCACUUUAUGCCUUGUACCAGCCAAAUGGUCUGUCUGUAUUUGAUUGGUGUGGAAAUGCCUGUGAAGUACUUGUUCUUUCACGAGAAAGCAAAACCAGUCUUUUUUUUAUUUUUCCUCUUUUUUGUAAACCAAGGAAUCAUACUUGUGCCUUAAGUGUUUUUAAGAGUCAUUUCUUUCCCAAAAUUAGUGCAUGCCAAAUGAAAAUUCCAAAAAGUCCUACAUCUUUUUUUCUCUCCAUGACUUAUUUGAAGAGUUUCCUACAGUCAAAAGUUCAGUGCAGUUCUCACAUGAGUUAAAAUGUUCAAAUAUGCAUUGGUUACUCAGAAACCGACAGAACAGGCAGCAAACCACUUUCUCCUGUUCUGCUUGUUUCUGCUCUGACCCACUGGCCUGCAUGGACCUGCAGGAGCGGAGACUCAGUGGGCUUUUAUGGAUUUUUAUGUUUCGCCUUCGCAGCAUAUUGUCAGCACAUUGAGGUGAUCACAACUUGCAGAGCUGUAAACCAUGGGCCAUCCAGCAAGAUUUCAAAGUAGGCGUCUUCUUUUUUUAACUCUGCUGGCAACAGAAUCAAGAAUUGAUCUGAUCUCAGAGGUUUAAUUUUUAUUUUUGUGGAUAUGUUUUUUUCACUUUUUGCAGCGUGGCUCAAAACUGUAGGUUACAGAGUGGAAGGUGUGAGACACUGUCCAUAGCAAUACACAGUACCACAUUUUUUCUGCAAAUAACAAAUGUUUAUCACCCUGAAGCAAUGUGGCUGCCUUUGCAUAAUGUGUUCAAAUGUUUUAGGUUCAAUGCAGUAUACAGCACAUACCGCAUUCGUUAUUGCCAAAAAUGUCUGAAAUAAUUGAUCUGGUUUGAUAUUCAACUUGCGCACAGCUGACUGUCUUUGGUCAGACAGGAUGAGGGAAAAUUGCUGGGUGGUUUGCCUUUUUUUUGUCAUUUCUUGAAUUAAUGUGGGGAAAUGGCUCCUUUUAAGUCACAGCUUGUCAGACUGUUCAAUGGAUGAUUUAUUUUUUAAUCAAAUAGCACAUCUAUUUUUUCAUACUGACGCUAUCACAAACAGGACCAUUUUUUAAUCGAAAACUGUUGGGGAAUAUUGUUCAAGAGGCUUUUGACUUUAGUUGUAAUGUAACUUGCAGUGAGAGGCACAGAGAGGAAUGACUUGAAUGUUACUUGAAUAAAACUUAAGUAGUUAUAUGUAUAAGGACAAUGGGGUGUAUUUUGAGUGAGGUGUCAUGGUGUUAACAUGCCAGAACCAUACAGUAUGUGGGUACCAGAUAUCCCUUCUAGCCAGUUCUACUAACCCCAAAAUGAAGGAAAGGGAAUGAUAGAUUGAGUCAGCUGUAGCUGGUUGCUCAAGGGAUACUGACACCAAUUUAUAUUUAUAUUUUUUUUAUCAGUGUGUUUCUUUCCCUUGGUAUAAAACUCCUGAUUGUUGCAUACUUAGCAUGCUAGAUUCCAGGUUUAUCACGCUCACUGGGUCGCAAAACCUACCUUGCACCUUGCUGUACCAAUUGAGUCGGAGGAACGUGGAGGCAGUUUUGGCAUGUUAGCAUAAUGUUACCUCUCUCAGCUAAACCUGUUGAGUUGAUCAUCAAGAUGAUUCAACAGAGAGAAGUAAUCUUGACAACACAACCCAAUCCAUAUGACUGACUGACUGUGUGAAAGAAGACGAAAACAAUAAACAGUACACACACCUGCCAUUCAAAAAUGCACUUUUAUUUAACAGCCUUUUAGUUACAAAAAUGCUAUUGUGUACACUGAUGAUAUAUGUCACAAUGAAUGAUUUUGUAUUUACUUUAUGUAAAGAUAUUGCAUCUCCAUCCUUAUCUGCAAUGUUGCCACACACAUAGCACAUAAUAUUAAUGGUCCUAUGCCCUACUGAUAGCAUCCCUCAUUUUAUGAAGGAAACUUCCUCGAAAGAAGAAAAAGACAUGACGUAUUGACAUGACAUGAAGUAUUUGAUUAAAGAAACAGAGUCAGCUGUGUAAUGUGUCAUUUUAGGUCUUGAGGUGUCAUUUGAUUGUCUCAGCAGCAGUGCCAUAGUUAAUAUGUUUCUCUUGCCUUUACUUGCUCCUGGCUGCUCUGUCUCGAGGUUUGGUUAGCAUGGUUUUAUAUUGAUUUAUACUAACAACAUACUUGUAGCUGUAUUCAGAACUAAAUUAACGACAUGCUUCCCUUAUGAUAUGCUAAUACCUCUGUUAUGUUGAUGCUUUGAAGGAGCAGUUCUUUUUUAUUUUUUUGUUUGUAACAUUUCUACACUGUUGUCAAUCAUGGUGCUGGAGAUAACAAACAGAAAUAAACAUGAAAAAAAACAUUAUUCUUAUGUAAUUGCAAUUGCUUUUCAGUUGUGCAUAUUGCUGUGUUUCCCCAUCAAAAUGAAUGUUUUCUUUAUGUGGGGGGGUUUGCAUAAAUUGAUCAAAAACGGUCACUACUUGGCUUAAUCAGUAUACGCUUAUUUUACCCAUAGACUGACAGACUCUGCAGAGUACACUGAAGUUAGUGCUGUUUUCAAAAGUGUCACAUGACCUGCUGGGUUGUGAGCCUUUGUGAGUUCCCUCAACCCUUGCUCUGUGAAAAUGGGUCU